UAAAAGGGAGGGAGGUGGCGGUGGACUUGGUGUUUGGAAGUAAACGUCUCGCUAAGAUGCCAACCAGCUGCGCGGCCUACGGAUGUACAGCGGUGUACAGAAAAAACACCAACACCAGCUUCCACAGGUUUCCAUCUAACCCUUGGAGACGGACAGAAUGGAUACGGCUUGUUCGACGUGAAAACUUCAAGCCAAGCAAACACACCUUCCUUUGCUCGAAACAUUUUGAGCAAACAUGCUUUGACCGGACAGGACAAACUAGGCGCCUGCGAGAAGAUGCUGUCCCUACAAUAUUUGACUUCCCACCACACAUGCAAAAUAAACUAGUAUCCAGGAAAACCCCUUUGACCUCUGCAGGUAUCAGUAACCAACAGGACCCAUCCAAGUCUAGCAGUAGUACUGGCACGAGCACUCGGACAACUGGCACCAACACUAGGACUAUUAGUACUAGCACUCGGACUACUGGCACUAGCACCAGUACCAGUCCUUGCACCACCAGCAGUACAGAAGUUUUCCAAGAACAUAGCUAUUGUUUGGCUAAUCCUGUCGUGGCCAAGAGGAAGGUAUUCCAGUUGCAGGAUGAAGUGGACUACCUCCGCCAACAAAUAAGAAUCAGCAGGCAGAGAGAACGUCGAGUGGUCAAGAAAUGGAGAGGCAUCAGCAACCUGCUUGAAGACUUGAAAGAAAGAAACUUGUUGCCUAAGGGCAAAGGAGCAGAGCUUGUUCAGUCUGUCUUGACUGAUGAAUCAUUUAAAGGCAGAUGAACUGACUGAACUUUCACAAGUGUGUGGGUACACUGACCAGACGAGGCUUCCUUUUACUGUCCAUUUCUUUUGACCCAAAAGCACAGGAGUGAAUGUUUUGAUCAAACCUUUCACCUACCAAACUCUGCAACGCUUGGAUGCUUUGGUUUAUUGGUUGUUGUUUGCUUCAGCAGUCGAUAUAAAAACAUUUGAGUGAUGCACAUUGCAUUUGUUAGACUUGAAAUGUAGCCAAGUAGUGCAGCUGAUGUUACAGGGGACAUUGGUGUAUGAUUUAGUGACAACAGACAUCUGCUCACAAAGCAUGGCCAGAUUAGAUACUUUCCCUAUCAUGGCAUGCCAGGAAGUAUUGGCCAGUUAACUUGAACAGUGCCAUGACUCUGUUAUUCAGUGGGUCCUGACAAAUUACUAGCCGACUAUGUGCCUUGACACCAGCCUCAGAAGGGCAACCCUCUGCACCAGAAUAAUGUUUUUGUUUCCUAUGUCAAUAGACCUGUGUACUUGCACACACCACAAGUUGGAUUGAGACUGCACCUGAUCCAUUUCAUGCAGGCUUUUUACAGCCAGCCAUAAGCAAGCGAAGAAGUGUUUGCCCUACUAACUGAAUAGAAUAUCAUCGCUAAUAGGUAUAACCAGAAAUCAGACUCCUACGUCUUUGCAAAUGUUACAGGCAUCUAUACCUCCACCUGAAGGGCCCAAGCAGAUGCAGUCUUCAGAAUCGACUGUGGCGGGAGUUACUCAGAAACCCACAAAGUUCCAAGGACCUACAAGAGCUCAGCAAGCAGAGGAGCUAUGACAAUUACAGUUUAUCACCUUUCCUAGAAACUCAAUCAUCUUCCUUUUAAGUCUAAGUGGCUGCUGUGUAAUUUAUUAUACCUGCUGUAAAUAUGAAGUGUGUUGCAAAAGUAAGUGCAGUUGUGGUCAGUAAAAGGCCAUGACACCCCAUAAGAAUUUGAAAUAAUGAGGAAAUGUCCCAUCACUGUCAGCAAAACCACAACUGCACAUAGGGAUUGGGUGUGUGGGGUGUGGGGGAAAGAAGGUAAUGUCUUUGAACAAUUAAAAACACAUUUCAGAUUUGUUUAGUUGUCUGCUGUGUAUAUUGCAGUACCAGCGGAACAUAGGUUGCAUAAACAAAUUAUUUUAAGAUGUCCUAGCAGAAGAAUGAAUUAAUUUAGCCAAUCAGUAGGAGAGCCAUUCGGAUGUGCAAAGUCUGAGGUUCAAUCCACAGUCAAUGCUGAGUAAUCCAAUUUUCAACUGAGCUGCAAAAAGAAAGACUAAAAUUGUCAAUGAUACUUUAGCAUAAGAGGAAAAUCAACCAGGUUUGCUGUUCUUGUUCUAGCAAUCAAUAUUGCAGGAGCACAUUUGUGAACACUGGGUGAUGAGACAUUUAAUUUUGACACCCUAUCCCCGUUCCACUUAACCUGAAUAACUGGAUGGCCACCAUUCUGCACUUGAAAAGGUAUAAUAUUUCCUAGUUCAUCCUGCUGGUCAUUUUAAAAGAAGAGUGGGAACAGGUCAAUUGUCGUCAUAAACUGAGUGAAAGAUUGUAAAUAGCAUAGGGAGCUUUGGGAAUCUAGCAAAAGGAAAAUAACCUCUUCUUGGGGAAAAUGAUAACAUUUAUCCAGUGCCCUGGCAAUUCGAGGUUCGUGGGUUCAGGGAUAUGGGAACCGGAAUGGAUCAUUCACCCCUUGAGCCUGUUCUGCUGUUCAGUUUGAUGAUAGUUCAUUAGCAUUCUUGACUCCAUCUAUUCAACUUACCAUACCCAACAAAAAGAGUCUAAAUUUUUAAAUUGUGAUUUGAUGAUACCUGCCUCAUCCCACUUGCUUCAGUAGGAGAGUUCCAAGUUCCUCUCUUCUUUCUGACAAGACUGUGCAGGAUCUUCACUGGCCAGCUUGACACAGUGUGUGCUUAACAAAAGCUGCUAAAAUUGGAAUAAGUGUGAGAGACCAUUUGAACCUGUUUCAAAAUAAAAAAAAUAGUCUUUUGAUUCAGCAUAGAUCUCCCUGGAUUUAUAUGUCUGUCCAUCCUAGUCUCAUCCUUACUCAAAGCGGUUGGAUGGAAGCACAGGAUGUGUAGGAAGAACAAAAAGAAUUACAUUGAAAACUAUAAAAAGUUCUUCGUGCUGAUCAUUUCAAUCCAAAGGAUUUUCCAGAUCAUAGUAAACUUCACAAUGUGAUAAAGAUGUAUAUGUUCAUAAUGUAACUUUAUCUCACAACACUGAGGAAUCAAACAGGGAAUGAUACUGAGAUUGACAAUUUCAGCAGAGAGAAUGAGAAAUAGUUGACAAGAAAGCAACAACCAAGCUGCAGAAAUGGAAAAGAAUGAAAGUUAAUGUUGAAAUACAAAUAAGAGUACCUUAAGAAAAUGGUUAAUCAAAACUUUUUUUCACUGCUGAAGAAGACACUUUGUCAAAACAUUUCGCCUUGCACUCAUCAGGACGUUUUGCAAGAAUAACAAUUGAAGGGGAACACCCACAAAAAUGUUUUGGAAGCUGGUGCAAUCGGGUUGACACUUGUAGCAUGCAAACCAUACUGGAAGUAUCAGAAAAACAUGAUAAAUGGACUAAUAAUAGUCAGUAGUCCUAUCACAGGUUUUAUGUUGCAUUAAAAAAAAUACAUGUUAAUAAUCAAAUCCAAUUUCAAGAUGUUUUAUGGAAUUACUUUCUACCUUGGACAUUAUAUACUUUAUAAUUUACUGUUAUGUUGAUACACUGAGACUAUCCAUACUACUUGAAACUCAACAUCAUCUUCAAGAAUUCAGUUUGCUUCAUAUGGUAUUGGAGUUCAUUGCCAGCCAACUUGCUCUAUAGAAUCUAUGAAAUGAUGCUUCACAUGUACUUAGGUGUAUCAGUUUAGAUGCUGACUGCCAUUUACACAGACAGUACAUGUGCAUCAGUGUAUAUUCAAAUCAGCUGUUCCAGAAUUUGAAACUUUGCUCCACUCAGUCCUGUUUAUUUUGCAUUCUUCCCCAAUGCUUCACAAUUGAUGGAUGACUUGGCUUGUACCCUCAGAAAAUCCCUUCCUAAACUCCCAAUUCUCCACUUAAAUCUCCUCAAAAAGAAGAAACCUCUUUUCUAGGCUUUUGGUCAUCCCUUGCACAUCGUGACUCACUAUCUAUUCUCCAUAAAGUGAUGGAUUGCGAGUCAGUGAUAUGAUACCAACUGUAAGUGCUAUCCUACCACUUGUUGCUGCUAUACUGUACAUUGAAACAAAGGCUAUAUUAAAAAAAAGACCAUUACAGUAAAUAAGUGUAAAUGAUCCAGAAGAGCAAAACUUAGUUUUUGGGGUUGCCUGUACCAGAAGCCUGUGAACAGUCUGCAAUGAAUUUUGGAGAUUGUUGAGAUCUUAUUUCUUCAUGGAAGCAGCUAAAAGUUCAAGAAAAACCUACAGAUUACUUAAAAAGGAGAAAAAGGAAGUUAAAGAGUGUGCAAGUAUAUUCCCUUGGGUGUAAUUGUUUGCAGCUAUAAAUGCAUUUAGAUCCUGGCAUAGCAUUUAAUAUUAAUUUUAUUUUGUUUCUUCAUCGUUGAUGUUCAGAGAACUGUACUAUUGUGGCAAAUUAAAUAAAAUGUACUUUUUUCAAAAAAAAA